CUGCCGACGGGUUAGCGGUUUCCUUCUGAUUUUUAUUUCCAUAUUUUUUGUUAAUUAUGUGUCUAUUAUUUUUUAGUAUCUACGAAAUGAAUCUCCGCCAAUGGAAUUGAUCAGCCUUCCAAAAUGCGUGAACUUCUAAUUUCAGAAAUCCCACUGCAAAAAUAUGAAAAUCGUUAACGUAGUGUAAAGGCCGUGAGACUUAAAUAUCAAUGUUGGGAGUUAAAUAAGAACAAAUUUUCAACGUAGCGUAUAAAGUGUCAUUCAUGUUUCAAUUCAUAUUGCUGUUUCAAAGACAAUAGGAAUUUUUACGAGCAUAGCGUAAGUUCCUGUGAAGAUACAAAUUAUAGAAAAUGCUAUAAUAAAUAAAGACAAUCACAAUAAUUACUAUAAUAAACAGAGAAUAAGUCAUACAUUUAAUAAAUAGAUAAGAGAAUAAGCUAUAGAUUAAAGAAAAUGCUAUCAGCAAUAAACACAGACAAGUGGAUUCAGCUGAUGAGAAAAGUUCGAGUUUAUUUCCCAUGGAAAAAAGUGCGCCUACUUGCUCUGGCUUUGGUCAGCUACUUAGUGGCCAGUUUUAUUUUCACAGAAGACCUUGGCUCUCCUUCUCCUUCAGCUCCUUCGCCGAGCACUUCGUGGCCGCGAGAUGCUCCCGAGCCCCGGGCCAACGCCACCCUCUACCCGUGCAGGUUUUCAAUACGGCAGAAUCGGUCCUCCUCGGGCGAGGCCGCCCUCGACGGCGCCCCUGCGGCAGGCACGCCGAAUGUGGUUCUCAUGAGUUCGAUGGCCAGGAGUGGAUCGAGCUUCCUGGGUGGCCUGCUGAGCUCCCUCCCCGGCGUCUUUUACUUCUUCGAACCCCUCCACAACAUAGAGCGCUGGCACAUGCUCUCAGCGGCCACCGCCAGGGACGGCCUUCGGGGCCUCCUCACGUGCAACAUCACCGGAGCCAUCAGGAAGGCCGUGAGGACGCGGGGGAAGUACACCGUGUACCACCCGUACACGCGGCGCUGCGCCACCAAGGAGGCCUGCUUCAGCAGCCUCCUGGACGAGACGUGUCGCAAGGAGAAGUUUCGUGCGGUGAAGACCAUCAGAGCGCGAGUCUCCUGGCUGACCUCGCUACUGGAUGACCCCGAGGUUGACCUCCGGGUCAUCCACCUCGUGAGGGAUCCUCGAGGAUCAGUCAUCUCGAACUGGAAGGCCGACUGGGCGCCCAUCUCGGAGGCCACGAGCUGUCAGAAUCUGCUGUCCGAUCUGCGGGACGGCGCGCGCCUUCGGAGGCAGCGGCCCGGCAAGUUUCUGACGGUUCGUUACGAGGACCUUUGCCUUGAUCCACGGCUGAUGGCAGAAGUAAUUUUGUCUUUUCUUGGCUACACGAAGCUUCCGCAGUCUACUGUUAACUACCUGGAUAAGCAAACGAAAGCGACAAGAGACAGCAAAACCUACAGCCUCAGGCGAGACACGAAGAGCCAGCAGCAGAAAUGGCGGACGACGAUCACCGACGAGGAGUUCGCCAGGAUUGAGCCGGCGUGCGCGGCAGCAAUACUCCAGCUCGGGUUCAGCCUCUUCGGAAGCGCGGAGGCAGCCAGGAACAUCUCGCUCCCUCUGUACAACCGCUCGGCCGACCACCAGGCCUACGACCACCGCGACUGCCUCCGUGAAUGAGGGGAGGCGCAUGGAAACUGGAGACGAGGCGAAAAACUUUGAAAGCAACCACACAUCCUUAUAAUGAUGGUGUUCACAAGACAAACGCUUACGGAACCAAAGUAUGAAAAAGUCUUCACCACCGACUCAUUCAUAGCUCCCCACGUCGCCGCCUGCCCUCGAUGCACGCAGAUGCGCACUCCAUGAACACGUAUAUACUGUUGCAUCCAAAUGCACGUUUAUUGUACUGCCAGUUAUUGUUCAUAAAGGGCAGUUUGUUAUAAUCGUAUUCCCUCUGUAUAAAAUCACCUGUCUGUCCCUCCCUGUUUUUUUUUUUUUUUUUUUUUUUUUUUAUCUCCCCCUCUCUCUCCUCUCUUUCCCUGUCUCUAUCAGUCAGUCAUUCAGUCAAUCAGUCCGUCAGUCAGUCGGUCAGCCAGUCAGUAAGUCUGUCUCUUCUAUCGUCUGACACACAACAUGUAUCAUAUGGUGCUUUCCUCCGGGCGUGAGUUUCGUUUUAUCCUCGGUUCUGUGUUUUACGGCAGGUGCGUGGAUGUGCAGUUAUUUCAAUCUCCCGUGGCGUGUGCACCUUCUCCGUUAAUAUACGACGCUAUCAGCUCAGGCAAUCAACCACUUAAAAAAAAAAAAAAAAAAAAAAAAAAAUGCGAGGUGUGCAUUUGUCAUACUUUCUACGUCAGAUACGGUAAUUUUUAGGUCCUCUGCAGCCAUCCAACGUUGCAAAUAUUUUUUUUUUCCAAUUUUUAACGAUGUAAUAUGUGUGAAUCUGUUGUUUUCCCUCGCAAAUGAAGGUUCAAAAGGUACAGGAAAUGAGUGAAGUAUUCGUCUCCCAGAAAAUGUGUCUGAAAAAGAUUAAGAAAUUUUGAUUCGAUUUCUUAACAUGAACGAGGAAAGAAAAUGGGCGAUUAACAUCAAGUAAUUAUAAAUAUCGUAAAAAACGAUAGCAAUGCUUUGUGUUCAACUCUACGGCUCGAGAACCAUGUUUCACCUGUGGAGCAAAAUUAUUUCAUUAUUUAUUUUAUGUGAUCGUUCAGUAACUAAUAAAUGCGUGAAUAUAGGAAAACUAAGAUGUACUUUUCAAACUUUAUACUACGGAACAUAAACGUCAAGCUAUUUGUCGUUCACGUACAUUUAAUUUUCUUCGUAAAUAAAGAUUAAACAGCAAUAAAAAAUAUGCUUAUAUCAUUCA